ACUGGUGUGUAUGCACGCCCCUUACGUAAUCAGUUAUCUCUCUUAUAUGUCAGACCCUGUUGACCCACCCCACAGCCUCCCUCCACCCCAAUCGACUCAUAAAAACGGUCAACAGGCAGAGCAAGCAACAACCCAGACUCAGCACACCACUCGGUUCUCUCAAACAGACAGACAACAUAAACCAUUCAAAGCAGAAACAGUUCUCACUCGAUUAGCAACUGCUUCUGGAUUUAGAAAUCACACCCAGUACUCUCAGUCUAGUAUUUCAAGAUGCUCAAGGCCGUCAAACGAACCCCACAUGUGAUCACCACCAGGGUCGGCAUGGCCAAGACUUCCUCAGACCCAGAGGUAGACGAACUCAAGCGGCAGUUUGUGACAGUCGAAGAGGAGUCUGCCAAGUUACAGAAGGAUGCCAAAGCCUAUCGAGAGGCAGUACUAAAAAUGCUCACCUCGUCCCACAACUUUGGUCAGGCAUACGUCACCCUGUUAUCCCCCAUGAGCAAUGAGGCAGACCUUCCCGAAAGGUAUCCGAACGCAGCCCAGACGAUCGAGCAGAUGGCGGCCUAUCAAGAACUGGUCACCGAUCUCAGGGACACCGUUCAACCUGAACUGGAUCUCAUCGAUACUAGGAUCAUCGCUCCCAUCAGGGAGUUCAACGAGGUCAUCAAACAUGCCAAGAAAGCUAUCACAAAACGCGACCAUAAAUUGAUCGAUUUCGAUCGUCACAAUAACUCCUUCACCAAAUUACGUGACAAAAAAGAGAAGUCGUUGAAGGACGAACAGAACAUUUUCAAGGCUGAACAGGAGUACGAAGCCGCCCUGCAAGACUAUGAACACUACAACAACCUCCUCAAGACCGAAAUACCUCGCUUUCUGCAACUCACUACGUCCUUCAUCUCGCCACUAUUCCACUCGUUUUUCUACAUGCAACUCAACAUUCUCUACACGACUUAUGGAAAACUUCAGCAAUUCUCAGAGGGUCGUUUCGAUCUCAACCAGACGGACAUUGAAAGCAUUUAUCUCGAACGAUUGGGCGACACACAUUCGCGGAUAGAGGAGCUCACGAUCACCAAACGGCCUGCAUCGACGGCGAAAAUCAUCGCCGAACGUCGUGCAGCAAAUCCGCCACCGCCACGGCCGGUCUCGAGCAGUUUGCACUCGCCGCGACCCCCGGCUUCGCUAUCCACCCGAACGUCGACUAGCAGCUUCUCGGGCAAGCCGCCAGGCUUGGGCCUACCACCGAAACCUCACAGCUUUGCGACCGCCAGCAACCCCGCGAAGCCGGUGCUGGCGCCGAAGCCGAGUCUGGCGCCGAAGCCGUCCUUCUCUAGCAAGCCAGCUCCCGUUGACCCGCCCGUGGCCGCCGCGGCCCCACCGCCCUACAGCCCCUCGAGCGCCUCUCAGGCGUCUGGGAUCGGCUCAGUCGCGGCGGCUGCGGCGGCCAUUCAGGCACGAAAAACAUCCUCAGACACUGUCAACCCUCCCCCUCUCAAACCGAAACUCAAACCUCCUCCGCCCCCUACUUCUCAAUCUACCACAUAUGUCACCGCGCUCUAUGACUUCGUCGCACAGACUGAGGGCGACCUUAGCUUCAAUGCCGGCGACCGUAUCUUGCUCGUCAAACGCUCCGAUAGCGAACAGGAUUGGUGGACUGGAAAGUUGAAUGGCGUCGAAGGUAUCUUUCCUGGUAAUUAUGUCCAACUAUGAUCAAUUAGCACCCACCAGAACACACAACCUUGCAUAUUACGUCCUUGUUUCUUUGCUUCCUUCCUUUCUUUCUUUUUGCUUCUCAUUAUUAACAAAAAAUGAAUCAAUCAAUAAAUAAAUAAAAAGCAGUCUUCUUGUGUCGAGUUGUCUCAUGUCCAUCUGCACUAUUCAAAUGUGUUGUAGUUUGCCUCAUAUACAUAUAUCUGCAACAUAGAUCAUAAAAAACAGAUAUUGCUUAUUGUUUACAUGUUUUGGUUGACACACCUUUUGUAAGAAAGUGGGACUGUGGGAGUGUUGCCAAACAAGAUGAAGAGCUGACUGGCUUUUUGGGAGCUGAACAUACAUAGUCUGGCUCAGCUGAUCAACAGUUCUGAAAAUCUCUUACUAUGCAUGAUCCUUUCCCUCAUUGAGUCUUGUUCACUUCUAAUGCAACUUGCAAAUCUCUGGGUCUU